ACCACCAGCAAAGUCACCACCAAGCAGCAGGCACCAACAACUCGUCGGUCAUGGAGCACGAGUUACUCCAGAUGCUGCACCUGCCGCCCCAUGAGCUGGGCCAGGACCACCUCACGGUCAGUGCGGCCUUCUUCGACGUCCACGGCGACGCGCAUUUCCCGGGCAGCGGCGGCGGGUUUGCCGGGGCGGUCGCCGACGACGACUGCAGCUGGGUCGAGGACCUCAUGCAGCUCGGCGACGAGCUGUUCGGCGGCGCCGGCGCUGGCUGCGACGAUAACAAUGCCGCCGGCAUGGACGAGGGCAACCGGCAUCCGUGGCAGUGGAACGGCGGCGACGGGAGCCCUCCUUCCGUGGAGCAAGGCGCCGGGGAGCUCGCUUCCGAGCCGCACCGCGACGAUGACGGCGGCGACGGCGACGGCGCGUCGCCGGUGACGAGGAAGCGGCGGGACCGGUCGAAGACGAUCGUGUCGGAGCGCAAGCGGAGGGUCCGGAUGAAGGAGAAGCUCUACGAGCUCAGAUCCCUCGUCCCCAACAUCACAAAGAUGGACAAGGCCUCCAUCAUCGCCGACGCGGUGGUGUACGUCAAGAACCUGCAGGCCCACGCCAGGAAGCUCAAGGAGGAGGUCUCCGCGCUCGAGGCGCGGCCGAGGUCACCCAGGCAGGGGCAGCAGCAGCAGCGCAACCGGCGCGCGGCGGCGGCGGCUGCGGCGGCCGGCCGGCGCCGCCAGGAACGCGACGAGGACAACGGCACGGCAGCCUCCGGCGCGCGGGUGACGCACGUGGGCGCGGCGCAGGUCGGCGAGGGCCGGUUCUUCGUGACGGUGGAGUGCGAGCGGCGGGACGGCGUGGCGGCGCCGCUCUGCGCCGCCGUGGAGUCGCUGGCGUGCUUCCGGGUGGAGACCUCCAGCCUCGUCCGGUCCGGGACGGACCGUGUCGUGUCAACGCUCACGCUCAAGGUGAACGAGCAAGUAGGGGACGCGGCGGUCUGCGAGGGCUCGGUGGUGAAGCUCUUGGUCAUGGCGGCUCUGCUCAAGGAGGGCUUCCGACCCGAAGCGGCGGUCGAGAUCUCAUGAUCCACCUGCCAACUGACCAGCUGAUGUUCAGGCUCGGUUUUAGAUCUCCAACUUAGGUCUCAGAUCAUCAUCCACCCGCUCUCUCUGUCUAGAUCUCGCCAUGAAUGUCGAUCGAUCACGCUGGUUUCGUUGUUCGGUUUCGAUCCGUCCUGUGUACCAGUGAGUGAGAUGCAACGCCAUGUGAUCAGCUCUUGCAACUGCCA